AAUCAACUUCCCAUCAGAGUCUCAGAAUCCCUUGUCAAGGAUUCAAGAAAUUGCAAUUGUGGAUGAAGUCACACUGGUUGUCCUCAUUCGCUGGAAAAAUUUAUAACAAAAAUAAAUAAAUAUAAGCAGACGAAAUGAGUUUCAUGCAACCGAGUCCCGUUAAGUACGCUUGCUCCUGCGGCAUACUAAACCCCAUCAACAAGCUGUUCUUCUGCCGCCACUGUCCAAAGUUGAGAUGCGGAUUCUGCGUGUGCCACGAAAUCGAGUCGCACUUCUGCUCCAAUUGCCUGGAGAACAUCCCUUCGUCGGAGGCGCGACACAAGAAGAAUUGCUGUGCCAAUUGCUUCGACUGUCCAUGCUGCCAGCACACGCUCUCCGCUCGCGCCGCCAACGUUCCAGUGGUGCGUAAGACGGAGGAGAUCAAGGACGGAGAAAGUAAGGAGUCACCUUCGGGGGCAGCCACACCCCCAGCUCCAGGCAGCAGUAAGCCGUCGGCCAUACCCACAACCAAGAAGAUAUACUACUUGUCAUGUCUGUCAUGCCGCUGGACAACGCGCGAUGUGGGCAUACCAGACCAGGGUGUGGCCUCUGGCACCUGGCCGGACAACGAGUGCCUGUAUCAGGCGCGCUUCAAUACGCUCGUAGACUACUACCAGUCGAUAGUACUGCAGGAGAAGCAGGAAAAGAUGGAGUUUCUGCGACGCAAAGCGCCCAAGCAGCACAAAUUCCCCAGCCUGACCGAUCGCACUGGCCUCACGGUGUCCCUGAUUCGUCGCCAGAUCGGGUGGCACGAUAAAAGCAUUCCCAAGACGAAGGCAAUUAGCAUCACGCCGGCCGAGGUCACUGCAGAUGUGGGUGGCCUUCCAGAGGACAUCUUUACUGAACCUCUGAAUCUUCGCAACAUAACAACGAUUGCGCAGCGACACGGCCAGCCGGGAGAUCAGCCGACUGCUGUCAGCAACCUUUAUCCGCAACGACGUUCGCUCUGGAUCAAGCGAUCUCUGCGUUGCCGCCAGUGCGAGCAUAAUUUGAUAAAGCCGGAGUAUCAUCCGACAUCGAUCAAGUACCGCAUACAGCUGUUCGCCAGCUACCAUGUUCCCGAGGUGCUAAUGGUGCGCUGCGAGCAGCCGCUUCAGCCGGGCAAGAGCAAUGCCAUACUCUUGAAGUUCUCUAAUCCGACUAUGUACGACAUGACCAUACGGAUUCUGAGUGCACUUCCUCCAGAGGAGGAACUCAUUACAUCUGAGGCCUUCCAGCAGGCCUGCAAAAUUAACGAGGAAGCGGUCACAUCGUCUCCACUGGUGCGGGCCAUCGGACUUACUUUGUCCCGACAAAAUUCGACCCGGGAAGUGAAGCGCGAUGUGGAGGAUGUGAGCAAUGCUGAGAUUGUGCCGCUCGAGAGCGAGUUUGUGCUCAGUCAACGCGACGAUUCAAAGGAGUUCGACGAGGAUGUGCAGCUGCCAACCGAAGAGCCCAAGUUUAUCGUCUGGCGCAAGGGCAACAAGGUUCUGAUUAGACUGCAGUUCACACCGGCUGCUGAUCUACCACCGAACACUGACGUAGUGAUGGGUUUCUUCAUGCAGUACACGUACGUCAACACAGUGUCCAAUGCGUCCGAAAAGAAGGAGCCCACAACAAACGCCCUGCACUCCAGGAUAUUUAUCAAUGCGGGCGCCACUGAAAAGGCAGACUGAAAUUGCUUAAAAUAUUUACAUAUAUGGUAUAUUAAUCGAACUUAUCUGCACUAACACGCUUUAAGAAUGCUGAGCAAAUCUGUAUUUAUUGAACUAAUAUAAUCGUUAGGAGAGCAACUAGUAUUACAGUUGGAAAGUUUGAAAAUACUGCGCGUGUCUGAAUAAACCGCUUGUUCUAAUCCUAA